AUGGAUUCUGAUAUGACAUUGGAAACAAAGUCAAAGUCAUUGGCUUAUGAUAAUGUACCGGAAAUGAAUACACAUUAUGAUGCAGAUUUUUCUCCAGACGACAGUGGAGAAGAAUACCGUCCUGAAAAAGUUAAACGUACAUAUCCAGUAAUAGGUAGAAGAUCAUCAUCAUCAUCGAAUUCUUCUUCUUCAAGUUCUUGCACAUCAUCGAGCUCUUCAUCAUCUAAGAACACUUCUACACAAAGUGUUGCAAUUUUGUCGCAGAAUCAACCUUUUAUUUUAAACCAAGACAACAACAUUUACCCUAACAAUAGUAUUCGAAAUAAUGAACCUCCUGACAUUGAUCAAAAUCCAGAAUCACCUAAGUAA